UUCAGUUUCCCAAAAAAUCAGGUGGCUGACGUGUCAGCUGAGAUAAGUGCACACGUGUCUCCUCCUUUUCCCCGCCAAUACCAUUCACCUCAUGAACUCUCUCAAGUAAGAAACCCUAGAGAAAGCGUUAACGAUGGAUAAGCAUGGCGAUCCUCGUCAGAGCAACCCUUUCAGCAAUCAACCUUCCAGCUCGGGCACGAUUCAAAAGAUACGCCUCGAGAAUUUCAUGUGCCACAGUAAUCUCGAGAUUGAGUUUGGCGAGUGGGUCAAUUUCAUCACCGGUCAAAACGGAAGCGGUAAGAGUGCGAUAUUGACUGCUCUAUGUGUGGCAUUUGGAUGUCGAGCCAAGGGGACUCAACGCGCUUCCACGCUCAAAGAUUUCAUCAAAACUGGUUGCAGCGACGCCCUUGUUCAUGUCCAAAUGAACAACCAAGGAGAUGAUGCUUUUAAGCCUCGUGUCUAUGGUGAUACUCUCGUUAUCGAGCGCAGGAUCUCUCAUUUCGCUAGUUCUACCGUUCUCAAGGAUUCUCAAGGGAGAAAAAUAUCAAACAGAAAGGAGGAGCUGCGUGAACUAGUUGAACAUUACAAUAUUGAUGUUGAGAAUCCAUGUGUGAUUAUGAGUCAAGACAAGAGCAGGGAGUUCUUACAUUCUGGAAAUGACAAAGACAAAUUCAAGUUCUUUUAUAAAGCGACCCUUCUUCAGCAAGUGGAUGAUCUUCUUCUUGGUGUUGACACAAAUUUGAAAGCUGCAAGUGCUCUUUUAGAUGAGUUGGAGGAGACAAUAAAACCAGUAGAAAAAGAGAUCAAUGAGUUGCUUGGGAAGAUAAAGACUAUGGAAAAAUUUGAAGAAAUAUAUCAACAGGUGCAGUUUUUGAAAAAGAAACUAGCUUGGUCUUGGGUAUAUGAUGUGGAUAGGGAGCUCAAGGAACAGAGUGAGAAGCUUAUUAAACUCAGAGAACGAGUGCCUACUUGUCAACAUAGAAUCGACAAGAAACUCGGCGAGGUGGAAUCUUUAAGGGAAAAGUUGACCAAUAAGAAAGCUCAAGUUACAUGCCUGAUGGAUGAAUCAACUGCAGUGAAAAGAGAAAUAGAGUGUUUGCGGCAAUCAGUCAAGACGGCUACCAGAGAGAAGAUUGCUCUAGAAGAAGAACACCGUCAUAAGUGCAAUAACAUCCAGAGGACUAAAGAUCGUGUUAUGAGGCUUGAACGGCAAAUUAAAGAUAUCGAUGAAAUGACUAUGAGAAGCACACAGGCUGAACAAUCCGAAAUCGAAGAAAACCUGAGUCAGUUGAAGCUAGAGGUUGAGAAAGUUAAAGCAUCGCUUUCCAGUUUGAAAGAGGAAGAGAAGAUGGUAACUGAAAAAGCAUCAGUCAUAGAGAAGGAGAUAAUACUCAUAGAGGAUACGAUUAGAGACCGUGAAAAGAAGCAAAGGAGCAUAAACACGCACAUCAAUGAUCUCAAGAAACAUCAAACAAAUAAGGUUACCGCAUUUGGAGGGGACAAAGUCAUUAAUCUUUUGCGAGCGAUUGAGAGACAUCAUCGCAGAUUUAAAAUGCCACCUAUUGGCCCGCUUGGUGCUCAUGUGACAUUGGCCAACGGUAAUAAAUGGGCUUCUGCUGUUGAACAAGCUCUUGGAAAUCUCCUGAAUGCGUUUAUUGUGACCAAUCACGAAGUAACUUUACGAGGCUGUGGAAAGGAAGCUAAUUAUAACAAUCUGAAGAUCAUCAUCUAUGACUUUUCAAGACCAAGGUUAAUUAUACCAAGGCACAUGGUUCCUCAAACGGAACACCCAACUAUUCUUUCUGUCUUAAACUCUGAGAAUCAUACUGUUCUUAACGUCUUAGUGGAUGUGAUGGGUGUGGAGAGGCAAGUGCUCGCAGAGAAUUAUGAAGUUGGCAAGACAGUCGCCUUUGAGAGAAGGCUCGCACAUCUGAAGGAUGUUUUCACUAUAGAUGGAUACAGAAUGUUUUCCCGUGGGCCUGUUCAGACAACCCUUCCUCCUCGUGCUCGAAGACCGACUCGGUUGUGUGCUUCUUUUGAUGACCAAAUCAAGGAUCUUGAAGCAGAGGCUUCAAAAGAACAAAGUGAGAUACAGGAACGAAAGAGACAAAAGAGGGAUGCAGAGGUGAAUCUCGAGGGUCUUGAACCGCAAAUGCGCAGACUGAAGAGACAAUGCACCCAACUUGAGAAAGAUUUGACAAGGAAGGAGCUUGAGUUGCAGGAUCUGAAAAAUUCAGUCGCUGCUGAAACCAAAGCUUCAUCUACCUCAAGUGUUGAUGAACUUCGUCUAGAAAUAACGAACUCUCAAGAAGAGAUAGAGGAGAAGGAAUCCGUAAUUCAGAAGCUCCAAGACUGCCUGACGGAAGCUGAACUAAAGGCUAGUGAACUUAAAGCUGCAUAUGAAAGCUUUAUCGAGUCAGCCAAGAGUAAAAUUGACAUCUUUGAGGAAGCAGAGAAUGAGCUGAAAGAGAUUGAAAAGGGACUCCAAUGCGCAGAAACGGAAAAGAACCAUUAUGAAGGUGUAAUGAAGGACAAGGUCUUAGCCGAUAUUAAAGUGGCUGAAGCUAAAUAUAAGGAGCUUGAAGCCAAGCGUCUGGAAAGUAAUGAGAAAGCCUCCAUAAUAUGUCCUGAGAGUGAGAUCACUGCUUUGGGUCCUUGGGAUGAUGAGUCCACGCCUAUGCGGCUUACUGCUCAGAUUAACAAAACAAAUCAUAGACUGAAGCGAGAGAGUGACAAGUAUUCUGAAUCAAUCGAUGACCUGAGGAUUACGCUAGAGGAAAAAGAACACAAGAUUGGGAGAAAACGCAAAACUUACAAGAGCUUCCGAGAAAAACUCAAGGUCUGCAAAGAUGCGGUAGAUUCACGGUGGAAGAAGCUCCAACACAAUAAAUAUGCUGCGACACGCGUAUUAACUUGGGGAUUCAACAAUCAGUUAGCAAAGAAAGGAAUCAGCGGAAAAAUCAAGGUCUCUUAUGAAGACAAAACUUUGUCCAUAGCGGUUAAGAUGCCUCAAGAUGCAUCAAGCAGAGGUGUUCGAGACACUAGAGGGCUUUCAGGUGGAGAACGGUCUUUCUCGACUCUAGGCUUUACAUUAGCUCUCCACGACAUGACUGAGGCCCCAGUUCGAGCAAUGGACGAGUUUGAUGUGUUCAUGGACGCAGUGAGCAGGAAAAUAAGCUUGGACACAUUGGUUGAUUUUGCAUUGGAAAAAGGUUCACAGUGGAUGUUCAUCACUCCUCAUGAUAUCAGUAUGGUGAAGUCACAUGAAAGGAUAAAGAAGCAACAAAUGGCUGCUCCUCGUUCUUAAUUUAAAAAAAAAAAAAUCUCUUUUUUUUGUUGUAUAAAUUCCAUCUCACAAACCCAAAAAGAAAAUCUAAUUGUAAUGGGUGAUUGAAUGAAGCUGCUCUGCUAUCAUCAUCCACUUACUAAUUUUAAUUUUUGUACUUUUCUAUCCAUAUUUAUUGAAAUUUUCCUUUUUGUCAGCAUC